GGCACUGCUGGGCUGCACUGAUGGGCACUGGUGGGUGGCACUGCUGGGCACUGAUGAGCACAGGUGGAAGGAUGCAGAACCAGGGGCGGACUGAUAACUUAUGGGGCAAUAGGGGAUCAUGGGGCCCCUGUGUCCUUGCCCAAACUCAAAAAAGCCUAUGAAAAAGGUACCAGGGGCAUCUCAUGGGGCCCCCUACUGACCCCGGGCAGUGCCUGAGUUUCCAAAUGGUCAGUCCGCCCCUGUGC